UGGCUAACGCUCCUGCAGAGCUGGUGGCCCUCCAUCCCACCACGGGGCCUCGGGGGAAGAUGGGGCCUUGCGCGAGGGUGGGGGUCUCGUACAAGGACGGGCCCUUGCACAAGGACGCAGCCUCACACGGGGACCUUGCACGAGGCUGGGACCACGCACGAGGACGGGGCUUCACCCAGGGAGGGCUUUGCACGAGGGCAGGGUCUCACACGGGGACCUUGCACGAGGGCUUUGCACAAGGACGGGGCCUUGCACACUGGCAGCGCUGGGGGUGUGUGUGUGUGUGGCAGCGCCGUGCAAGCCCCGCCCCCGCGGUGCCGCGAGUGUGCAAGCCCCGCCCCGGCGUGUGCAAGCGCCGCCCUCAACCAACGUGGCGGCGCCCUCCCCGCCUGCCCUCAAGCAACAUGGCGGCCUCCUCCCCGCCCCGUCCCCUCCUGCCCGCGAACAACAUGGCGGCGCCGGCUUCGCCCCCUUCCGCCGCGCCGCCGCGCUCUGAUUGGCCGCUGUUGCCCUCCCCGCGUUCUGAUUGGGUGGGGGCGCCGGAAAGGGCGGGCGGGGAGCGCACGUGGCGGCAGCAUGGCGGCGGCGGCGGUGGUGAGCGGCGGGCGUUCCCGCUCUCUGCUCCGGCGGCACCGGGCCGAGCCGGGCCCCGCGGCCGCCAGCAAUGGCGGGGACAGCAACGGCGUGUCCGGGCGGCAGGACCCGUUCCCCGGCCCGGCCCCGCUGCCCCGGCGCCGGCUGCGGCGGUUCCUGCGGGGCGGCGCCGAGAAGGCGCCCCGGGCCAGCAGCCAGCGCCUGCGGUGGCACCUGAAGCUGGGGGGGCAGCGGGAGGCGGCGGCGGCCGCCCGGGCGGCUCGGCUGGACCUGCUGCUCCCCGAGGAGCCGGGGUUCCUGGAGCCCGACCCCGGCGAGGACACCAGCACCGUCACCCAAGGGGACAUCGCCGAGGCCGUGGACAUCGCCAGCGCCGCCAAGCACUUUGAGCUGCGGCUGGAGCAGUUCGGGCCCUACCGGCUGGAUUACACCCGCAACGGGCGGCACCUGCUGCUGGGGGGCCGGCGGGGCCACGUGGCCGCCAUGGACUGGCAGACGAAGAGGCUGAUGUGCGAGAUCAACGUCAUGGAGACGGUGACGGACGUGGCGUGGCUGCACACGGAGUCGCUGCUGGCGGUGGCUCAGCGCCGCUGGCUCCACGUCUACGACGCGCAGGGGCUGGAGCUCAACGUCCUCAAACGCUUCCCCGCCGUCCUGCGCCUCCAGUUCCUGCCCUACCACUUCCUCCUGGCCACCGCCAACGCCCAGGGCUUCCUGCAGUACCUGGACGUGACGGUGGGGCAGGAGGUGGCCGCCAUCUGCACGCGGGGGGGGCGCCUGGGGGUGAUGGCGCAGAACCCCGCCAACGCCGUCGUGCACCUGGGGCACAGCAACGGGACGGUGACGCUGUGGAGCCCCUCGGUGCCGGAGCCGCUGCUGCGGGUGCUGUGUCACCGCGGAGCCCUGCGGGCGCUGGCCGUCGACCCCACCGGCACGUACAUGGCGUCGGCGGGGCUGGACCGUAAGCUGCGGGUGUGGGACCUGCGGGCGCUGCGGGCGCUGCAGGAGCUGGUGCUGCCGCAGGGCGCCGGGCACCUGGCCUUCAGCCAGCGGGGGCUGCUGGCCGCCGCCUGCGGGGACCUGCUGCAGGUGUACAAGGGGGUGGGGAAGGCGGCGGCCCCCCCCCAGCUCUACCUCUGCCAUCGCCCCCCCCGCCCCCCCCACGGCCUCCGCUUCUGCCCCUUCGAGGACGUCCUGGGCGCCGGCCACGGGCAGGGCUUCACCAGCGUCCUGGUGCCAGGUGCCGGCGAGGCCAAUUUCGACGCGCUGGAGAACAACCCCUAUCGCAGCCGGCGGCAGCGGCAGGAGUGGGAGGUGAAGGCGCUGCUGGAGAAGAUCCCGGCGGAGCUGAUCACGCUGGACCCGGGGCUGCUGGGGCGCGUGGACACGGCCAGCCUGCAGCAGAAGCGGGACGAGCGCAUCCAGCGCCUGGGCUUCGACCCCCAGGCCAAGGGCAAGUUCCAGCCGCGGCGGCGAGCCAAGGGCAGCGGCGUCCUGCAGCGCAAGAGGAAGGUGCAGCAGCAGGAGCAGCGGGCCGUCAUCCGGCAGAGCGUGGAGCAGCGGGAGGAGGAGAGGAAGAAGAAGAAGAAGAAGGAGGAGGAGGAAGGUGGGGGGGGGGCGCCCCCCCCGGCCAAGCGGGGGGCGCUCGAGCGCUUCAAGAAAUAAUUUAUUAUUUUUUUUGGAGGGGGGGAUCCCCUAUGGGGGUCCCUGGUGUCCGUCCCGCCGUCACAACCCCCCCCCCGCCCCGGGGGUCCCCAGAGCGUCCCGAACACACUCUGGGGGUCUCCAGUGUCCCCCCACACACCCCCUGGGGGUCCCCAGAGUGUGUGUGUGUCCCCCCUCCGGGGGUCCCCAAUGUGUCAGUGUGUGUUGUUGUGUCCCCCCCCGCCCCCCCCUACUACGGGGGUCCCCAAUACGUCAACCUCUGUCUGUCCCCAGCCCGCUCUGGGGGUCCUUAGUGUCCGUCCCCC